AAGCCUGCGGCGGCCAGACAAGCGAGUUCGACGUCGCAUCAGCGUUUGUCUUCAAAAAGCUUGCGCUCGGCGAAUGUUUGAUUAGCGACUCGAAACUUAGCCCCUUCAGCUCACUUGUGCCGCCUUAUAAGCUGGUUAACUCGCGUUUCGUGUUGGAUUCCCUAUGGACCACAGCGAUAAGGACAAUGCGAAGGAGUGCGGCGAAACGCGAAUAACCCUUGAGGCACCUGCUUUGACCUCUGAAGAUAGUAUGCAGCGACACGACGGUCAACAGGAUGGAAAUAUCCUCGUUUCUGGGAUUUCUGGGCUUGAAACUCAACCACAGUUUAAGCUGUACAAACGACGGCAUGCUGGUGUGAUUGGUAUUAUUGCCCUCAACAUUGUUGCUGCGAUGAGCUUGACCUGGUUCGGGCCAAUUGCAUAUAAAACGUCUCAAACGUUUGGUAUUACGCUCGACCAAGUCAACUGGCUGGGAAAUAUUAUAGGUUGUACCUAUAUCGUCGUUUCACCAUUCGUACCCAUAAUCUGUUCCCGCUUCGGCCUCCGAAUAUCUUAUGCGAUCGGCACGGGUUUCCUAGUUGCUUCCGCAUGGGUUCGAUUUGCGGGGACUGCACUUUCGCUCAACUCACGUGGAGCGUAUGCCUUGCUCAUUGUUGGACAGUUCCUAAGUGCUGUGCCUCAAAUAAUCUUCCAGAUUCUCGCACCCAAGUUCUCCGAAACGUGGUUUGAUCUGAAGGGUAGAACAACAGCAACGAUGUUGAUGUCCGUCUCAAAUCCCGUCGGUACCGCACUCGGACAACUUAUUUCUCCGAUGAUUACUGAUACCCGCACUUCUAUUCUCAUUUUAGGUAUCAUCUCAACUGUUGUUGCACCAUUCAUUCUUUUGGUAGGCGCGAAGCCCCCUACUCCACCUUCGUAUUCUGGUUCGAAACCCUCCCAUCAUAUCCUCACGACCCUUCGAGCCAUCUUCGGUCUCCUUCCGCAGCCGCUCCCAUACAAUGUUACUCGACUUCCGGAACAUGUCCGCGGUUCAGAACACGAGCUUGACAGUCCGGUAUCAAAGGCGUCAACGGCCGAGGACCAGCCUCGCGCACUCAAUAUGCAUUCUUCGCAAUCAGACGGAUCAAGAAACGGCGAGAAUGUCGAAUCCAUGGAUACAGAAUCUGAUGCAGAUGCAUACAUGACGCGUCGCGAGCGUCUCGACUUCUUCAUUCUGGUUCUUGCGUUUAGCGUGCUUGUAUCCGGAGUCAUCACCUUCUCCAUUCUUUCUAGCCAAAUACUAGAACCGUACGGUUACUCAGACGAUACAGCCGGUCUCAUGGGCGCCGCCCUCCUUCUCUCAGGCCUAGUCGCAGCAUUCGUAACAUCACCCCUCUUCGAUCGCGUAUUCACACAUCACCUCGGUCUUUACGCGCGUGUAAACGCACCGAUCAUCGCUGCUGGAUGGCUCUCACUUAUAUGGGCUGUACGACCGAAUAACACCGGUGCUUUGUAUGCGAUAUUCGUGGUUAUUGGUGUGCUUUCACUUAGUAUAUUGCCUGUUGCGUUGGAGCUUGGGUGCGAGUUGACGAGGAAUAGUGAUGCUGCUUCGGCGAUUUUGUGGUGGAGCGCGAACGUGUGUAGUAUAGUGUUCAUCUUAGUCAUGUCCGCAUUACGCGCUCCCUCCACCGCUUCACCUCCAUCAAACAUGCACCGCUCACUCAUCUUCAGUGGUGUAUCGACUUGUGCUGGUGUAGUUUUUGUCUUCUUUUUCCGUGGGCAUCAGAAGCGACGGGAGAAGGAUGUGCGGAUUGCAGCUGCUGCUGCUGCUGCGACCGCGAUUGGUAAUGCUGAAGGGAGCCGAGAAGAAGGUCACGCAAGAAGGGUGAAGCGUAGGUUGCCCUUACGGAUAUUCAGGAGGGCAGAAGAACGAGCUGACACAUCUCUAAGAUGACGCAUAAUCUCAAUGCGCCAUCAUGUUGUUGUUUGGUUUUGGUAUACCUUUGAUUGCUGUAGUCCUGUUCUCGCGUGCUUUCCUGGCCUCCAAGAAUCUUUCUGUUGUACUGUCGUCUGCUUUUGUGUUCGCAUGUGGUGCAUGUUGAGCUGUCUUGCUUUCUUGCUUUCUAUAGUCCCUGUCAACAAGUGCUUGUAAUUUGUUCUGGCUUGUUUGCAUAGAUAUGUUGUUUGCACGUAGUUACCUGUUUUCUUUGGUAGUCCUCUCCCUGCUUUGAUAUCAGUCUCUAUUUUUAAUGACGGGAAAUAAUAAAUAUCCCUUUGAGUGACUUG